AUGGCAGACUUUGCCCAGGUGGGCCAGUUGCUGGAUGAUGCCAUCGAUUACAGGGUCGCCCAGGCGGUGCAGCAACACGUCCAGCCGGCGGUGCAGCAGGCUGUAACGGCGCAGCUGGGGACGAUCGUGCAGGCGGCGCUGCAGCCGAUCCACCGAACUCUGACUCAGCUGCAACAUGACGUGGCGGGGCUGCAGCAGAAUAUGGCGGGGCUGCAGCAGAGUUUGUCGGGGCUGCGGCAGGAUGUGCAGACCCUGGGCGCACGCCAGCGCAACGGCGUGUGCUGCAGCAGCGUCCUCCUGGGUGCCGUCCCCAUCCAGUGGCCGCACCACGGCGGCGGCGCCAUGCCUGCGCACAUCGCGGGCCAGCCGCUGCCCGCCACGGGGGACGAGGUGCAGGAGGCGACAGCGCCCGUGGUGGACGGCAUGCUGUCGCUGUACGGCCUGCCUGCCGGCUCGUCCGCUGGCGGCUUGCCCCAGCGACGCACGGCCCUGCUGGCGCAUGCGGGCAUCUAUGUGUGA